AUCAUUUCCUAGGGCUAUUUAGUCUUGCUAUCAUCAACACCAACCUCAUCAUCAUCAACAAUCAAGAACAACAUCGCAACAAUGUCUGACAAUAAGCCGACCGGAAAGUGGGCAAACCCGGCCUUCCUCAAAAGCCUCGUCCUUGGACUCUACCACGAGCUGAAGCACGGCGGUCUCCAGCAGGAGGCUAAGGACCGUGUUGAGGCGAAGCUCCAUCGCGAUGGCUUCGAGGACACUACCUGGGACGGCAUCCGAUAUCCUUCCCAUCCGCUUCUUUAUACACGCAUCUUGUCAGCUCCACCAUCUUUCCUUGACACAACCCUUCUUUUCCACAUUCCACGAGUUAUUCCCCAUCUACCAACCAAACACUACACGAACGCAAUCGAAAUGUCUGAGAAGUCUGCUCCCGGCGGCAAGUGGGCCAAUCCGGCCCUCCUUGAGGCUCUUGCUAUGGGCUUCCAUAGCAUUGCCAAGGGCGAAGGCCUUACGAAGGAAGCCAAGGACUCCGUCAUCCUGAAGAUCCAUUCCUAUGGCUUCACAGAUAUCACCUGGGAGGCUGUUCGGAUGGCUCCAGUCACCGUGUGGAACGAUGAGGCCCGAUCUGACCUUCUGGUCGCGCUUCUGUCGGUGAUCAAGCCCUCUAAGGAGGAUUGGGACCGCGUUCUUCCUAUAGUCCAUGCCAAGGGCUAUGCCUACAACGCCAAUGCUGUCCAGCAGCACAUCCAGAAGCUUCAGCGCAAGGAGCUUACCGCCGGCGACGGUGGCGACGGCGAGGCGUCUAGCUCUACGACUCCUCAGAAGAAGGCCGGCAAGAAGGCCGCCACCCCCAAAAAGCGCAAGACGCCUCUCAAGUCUAAGGCCAAGGUCAACUCGGAGGACGAUGAGGAUGAGGUGGAUGAGGAGGGGGAGCAGGAGGCUCCUCCCCCCAAGAAGCCGCGCACCCCUGCGCGCCCCAGCAUGAAGGAUGAAUUCCACGAGGACACCAAGGCCACUGGCACCAAGUUCGUCCCUGUCAACAACGAGAUCUAGAUGCAUCUUUCGACCCCCAAUACAUCGAUUCGACCAUAGCGACAUGGCAUUUUCAGGACGGUUUACUGGCUUUUCUGGAGUUCGAUAUGGCAGGCUUGGAUGAGCGAUACGAAGGGUUGGCAAUCUUGGAGAUCAUUGGGAUUGGCUCAGGACUGGAAGCUAUUCACCUUACUGCGCAAAACAUUUUGACACAGGUCAUGAGAUAUCUGAGAAUUCUCAAAUAUUACAUCGAGAAUUGAG